AAAGCCAAAGGUUUAUGUUUCUGAAGACAUCUGACAAUAGUUUUCUACAUUGGAAGAGAAAGUACACAGAAACUCCAUCGAAUGACACUGGCCCAUCAUUUACCUACACGCGCAGUGUUUUUGAUGUUGAUGGUGAAGAUUACAAACCAGGAUCAUGCGAGGAUAUCAAGUCCACAGGAGCGGGUGAAGUGGAUGGAUAUUACGUCAUUUUCCCGCGUGGUGCGUGCGGUGAUUCACUUGAAGUUUGGUGCUCGGAUAUGAAUACCACCACGACAUCACCCAAGGAAUAUGUUGACUUAAAUCCUGCGUCAAACUAUGCUAUAUACGCCGGGUUGGAUCAGCCAUGUCAGCAAAAUAAUUAUCCUGGAAAGCCUGGGAAGACCUGGUUUAAUAAGAUAAGAAUAAGCCCUAACAGUAUGACUGUUGAUCGUCAAGACUUCGAUUAUACAGAAAUUACUGGACAACCAGUUCAAUUUGGCAUUGGUCAGGCGUGUUUUCAUAGAAUCUUCACCCCUUCGAGCUGCCACCAUGGAGGUCGUUUUAAUAUCAACUUGAAAAACACCAGCGUACGAGUUAAACCUACUGUGGAAUGGCAUGGUCACGGCUGGUGGUGGCUUGAUCCAACUUUUCAAUAUAUGAUCAACUUUAAACGCUCGUCUGAUAAUCGGGAGAUUUCUGCAAAUUGCGGGGGGUAUUGUGGAACGUGCAGCCCGAAGGGAAGUCUGGACUUGGAAUUAGCUUCUUGUGUCAGAAAAAAGCCUCGAUCAUGCGCUGAUGUCAAGUAUUAUCGCGAUAUAAACCUGGAUGGAAACUAUACUAUCUACCCCUACGCCACAGGACUGAUCCCAAUACGCGUAUUCUGCGCUGGAAUGAGCACGACGGAGCCGAAAGAAUAUAUUAACGUGUUACAUGAUUCCGGGAAGAAUUUUGCUUUAAGAAAUCUAGAUCAUGCAUAUUCACACACGUGUAAUAUUAAGCCAGGUUCUAUCGCGCAUGAACACUGGCGAGGCACUGAUGGACAUAGCACGUUUUCGAAGAUUCGACUAAAAAUAAACAAUAUGGAGGUGGUGCGGGACGAUCAUAGCUUUGGAUCUACGCUGUUUGGUAAAGACAUCCGUUACGCACACGCCUAUGAUGCUUUCUCUGUUGCUCUGUGUGAACCUCGUGGAAUGUUUAAUAUUGAUCUCACUGGAACAGGUCUUCGGAUAAAACCAGAGUUGACAUGGACAAGAAGUUUAUACCCCUCUUAUCACGUUGCAAUUUUGACCAUUCGUGAAGAUUUUUAUCGUCAGAUUGUUGAUGCAAAAUGCGGUGGUUAUGGCGGGUCAUGCUACCCUGUCGGAUCAUCACUGUAUGUGGAAGUGGUUGUCCCGUUUGACCCCGCGGGUAUUCGCUAUUUUGGGAAGACGAAUUUGUCUUUCGUUGAUACAAGUGACAAAAGGAACGGUGCUAGGAAUUUAGAACUUUCAAAAGCAUGCAGUGAAGCGGUUGGUAUGGAAGAUGGUCGGAUACCAGACAGUUCUUUCUCAGCGUCGUCAUUUUCCACUGGUAGGAAAGCAAGUGAAGCUCGUUUAGCACGCACGCAGGGAAAUUGGCGAGCAAAGAAUGGAGAUUUAGAGCCCUGGGUUCAAGUUGAUUUAUUAUUCAUUCGUCUGGUUACUGGUGUUGCAACGCACGGCACAACCAACAAUUACUUAAAGACGUAUUUUCUUUCUUUUGGUUUCGAUGCCGAUCAAUUGAUGGUUUAUCUCGAUGACUCAAAGCAACGGAAGAUAUUUGCGAGGGAUGAUGGGACAGCUGGUCACGCAGUUGUCAAAGAAAUACUGUCAAAGCCUUUCUUCGCACGUCAUGUUCGUUUUACUGUGUUAACCUGGGCCAAUCAAGCGAGACUGGCAGCAGAAAUUUAUGUUUGCCCAAGAGCCACUCUGCAUCACGUCAUCACAACAGCUGACUUUCAUUAUCUGGAGUCUUCAUACCCCCGUGUCAAAGGCGACCGCGGAGAGCUGGUCACUAGGAUAAUGCCACCGGUGUACACGUGCUCAAAGUUCUUGUAUCACAUGAUCGGAUCAGAUAUGGGACGUCUUGAUGUUUACAUAAAGGAGGUGGACAAAGAAAGACAGUUUCUUUGGACUGCUGUUGGCGAGCAGAGCCCACACACCUGGAAGAAAGCGGUUAUUCCUUUGAAAGUUGAUACGGCAUUUAAGAUCAUUUUUGUUGGUAUUAUUGGCGGUGGUUAUAAAAGUGACAUCGCUAUCGGGGAUGUGUCUUUGACAAAUGACAUCAACUGUACAUUCGCGCCAUCGCAGGCUGUGCCUGGACCGAGUUGUUCAACACCAUGUGUUGGUCGAAGCAAGUGUGAUAAUGUGACGGGAAAAUGUCUGUGCUUUGAUGACGAGUUUCUUGAUGAAAAAUGUGAAAGUGAAUUCUUGGAAACUAUUUACAAGGACGCACUUCACUAUUGGUCAUUUGAUGAUCCCGACAAUGUAGUGGAUCAUAAGACGGGUGCUCGCUCAAAUAUGACCCAGAAACCCACAACACAUCUGACAGGACCUGUAAAUCUUGCUCUUUUAACCUUACCCGAAGAUCAUUCUGGACUGCAAUUGGGCUCAAUUCAUUAUUCGUGUUUAAAGGACCCCUCGUUCUGCCCCACAGGUUUCAGCAUCUCUCUGUGGGUGAAACCAGGCGAUAUUAGGAACCGAGAGCAUUAUUUCACUACAAAUUUAGGCGACCGUUCAGGCGUAUCACUCGUGUCAUAUGCUGAUAAUCCAGGUUUGAAUGCCCAUGUCCGAGGCGAAAAGCACAAAUGUAAUUUAAUAUAUGACGUGUACCCGCGACACUGGACGUGGUUGUUCAUAUCAAUAACGUGGAAGACUCAAGCUGAUGGAACAGGAAAACUUCUCUUCUAUAUCAUCGAAGAUACUGGCAUGACCAGAAAGGAGAAAAUAUGUCCAGAGAUUGUUCAUUCGCUAUCUGCAAGUCAAAACAUAAUAGAAACUGAGCUAUUUCAAUACAAUAGCGGUCGUACUUUCGCCAUAGAUGAACUGGCUGUUUGGAAUAAGACUUUAACAGAAGAAAAAAUAAUGGAGAUAUAUCAUCUUGUUGCUAGAAAUCCUUCCAACACUAUUUCCUGGAUAUUUCAACUGGAUUUUUGGAGUCGACCGUUGCUGGAUUUAGAAGACCCGGAGCAUGAGACCGCAAUGACGUCGUUCAACUCUCUGAUUGAAAAAUACAUUGAAAAUGCUUCUGUCAAGAAGAUGUGGGACAAAUUAACGACUGACAGAUGCGUUUAUGUUGGUAAUGUUCGCAAUGGUGUUGCCACUUGGAGGGAAGACGUUGUCUUUCAUUGCAACGAUUCGUUUGGUUUUCAACCAGAAAGCGAGCAUUUCAAUUUGAAGUUGGAUGUUAAGAAUGUUGAGAUUAGCAUAAACCUAAACAACGUUCAUUUCGGUUCAUUCCCAGCUGAGGGCUCAAAUACAGCCAGAGGAGGAUUCUUUGAAACAAAUCAAGAUGAUUCCAAUGACGUCCUGGUGAAGGACUUCUACCUGGACACAAAUCAAGACGCAAGCGAGUUCACUUUUCAUGAUUGUGACAUGAGUAAUUCUGGAGCGACAGAGAAUGCGGGAGAGUAUCGUCUCCGAGGAACACAAACGGCCUCGCCGACUGGGCAUUGUAUGGCUUUUUAUGAAAAACCUGUGCUCUCCCCUCGCUACAAAAUUGAAGCGAAAUUUCGACACGACUUUGGAGAUCCCUGUUAUGCGAGCGAAUGUAGUCACAUGGGAUUUCUAGUAAAAUAUGAAGACAAUAACAACUAUGUUAUUUUUUUUGUCAGGCUUGUCUAUAGAUGUUUCGAGUUGUGGCAUUGCGAAGCAGGCGUGACCCGUAUAGUAACAUCUGGUGAUUGUGAUGGCGGAUUUGGAAAGAAGGGAAUUUGGCAAACUCUUGCUGUCCAUGUUGAUCUGACGAACAUCAAAGCGUAUAAAGACGGUAGUCUUCUACUAAACGAAAAUAUUGCAUACAACCCACAACCGUCAAAAGUUGGUGCGGUAGUGUGGUAUAACCAAAGGAUUUCUGCCAGUUUUAAAGACUUUGAAUUGGAGGAAUAUUUCACUCCAAUAUCGAUCUUUCCCACUAUCCACGAGUUUCAAUUGCCGCUUAUUAAAGAUGUUGUGAGCAGACAUAAAAUGGCGGCAGUUUUUGGCAACCAGGUUACGACUGAUCUAAACUACACAGUUUCUGCAACUUUCCUGAACGCGACUGGGUCUGGGGCAGCCUUUGGGCUGUGUUAUAACAUCAAGAAUGCUACAAACUUUGACUUUGUUUAUUAUAGGAGAGAUCGUAAGCUGUUUGCUGAAGUGGCACAAUCGGUCAGGAAUACUUCAUGGCUACAAAACGAAAUAUCCCGAACUGAGAUUGAAAAUUCAUCACUUGUUUUGACUUCUAUCAGUUCAAGAAAAGUUCCAACUCAUGUUCCAUUCAAUGUGUCGUCAUUUGCUCUAAACUCGACCGCGCUGAAUCUUUCCUGGCACUGGUCACCUGACUCUACAGCUACAGGAGUAUUUGUGGGUUUUAAAAUGCUGUAUCGAAGCGAAAUUGACACUCCGGAAUCAUGGGCAGAGAAAGUUAUUUAUGGUCGGGAAUUUGAGAACAACUCUUGGGUGGUUUUAGAUGGUCUAAGGAAAGGCAUGGAGUAUUCUUUCAAAGUUGUUGCCUUUAGUUUGGUUGGGGAUGGUUGGCCUAGUGAAGAAGUUGUUAUUUCUACUUUGGACGAUUUUCCGGACAUUGUGGAUCUUAACGUGAGUGUUUCGAAUGUGGAUCUACGUUCCGUGUUUAUCCAAUGGAGUCUUCUCCCCAAAUACAAUUGGAAUGGACUCGCUAAAAGCUACGUUAUAACAUUGCUGGACAUUGUUGAUGGUGUCAAUCACACUAUUCAAAAACCUUCAAACACGUCCAAUGUCACCUACACAUCUCUGAAACAUUUCACAAACUACAGUGUUUCAUUAAUGGCGUUAAACAACGUUGGAUACAGUUCACCAAUUCAAGGCCCCGUUUUUCAAACUCUGGAACAUGUUCCAUCCAGUUAUCCGUUCAACCUUUCCCUCACCGUACUAAACACCAGUGCCCUGACCGUGUCGUGGAAACCAAUCAAUGAGGACUUAUGGCAUGGCAUGCCGCUGGGAUACGUCAUUUUUUGUAACAAUAGCAACGAAGAACGUAAUUUCACAGUGACGUUAUCCAACCUGGAAUUUACAGUCACUAAUUUGACCGCAUUUACGUUUUAUGACCUCGCCGUGGCGGGGUAUACUAGAAAGGGAUUGGGUCCAAGGCAUCCAACUCUCACGGUGCGCCUGCCCGAAGAAGUUCCUCGUAUCGCUCCAGUCAACCUUCGUGCAUCGGGCUGCAGAGCAUCUAACACUACCACACCUUUCCCAGCAUUCUGUUUGAUAACCCUUGAAUGGGAUCCAGUUCCCGCCGAAAAAGUACGCGGUAUAAUCCGUGGUUAUUUGACAACUUACAAACCUAUGGACAUCACCUACAUUAAACCGGGUCAUCCGUCACUGCCAGAUCUUAUGGAGUUGGUGACGCAGAACACGAGCUCAACAAGUUUUCAGUUUAAAUCGUUGUUUCAUACAAACUACAGUAUGCAAGUGUUGGCUUAUACUACUGGUAAUGGGGUUCGUAGUUCAACAUUUUAUUUCAUGACCCCUGAAGGAGUUCCAAGCAGGCGUCCGCUCAACCUUACCGUUACCGCACCAAACACUACUGCCCUAACCGUGUCGUGGCACCCUAUUGAUGAUGACAUAUCUUGGCAUGGCGUUCCGCUGGGAUACGUCAUCUUCUGUAACCAUAGCAACGAGGAACGUAAUUUCACAGUGACGUCAUCCAACUCGGAAUUCACGGUGACCAACUUAACUGCGUUUACUUUUUAUGAUGUCACCGUUGCAGGGUAUACUAGGAAAGGAUUGGGUCCAAGACAUCCAACAGUUAGGAUGUCGACUCGUGAAGAAGUUCCACGUGUUGCUCCAGUUAACCUCCGUAUAUUGAAUCAAACUCUUCCACCAAUUGACGCCAUUUCAACCAACAACAACACAACCCCAUCAAUCCCAACAUCCUAUACAGUAUCCCUCAAAUGGUCCCCAGUUCCUGCGGAUCAAGUCCGCGGCAUUAUCCGAGGCUAUACGGUAACCUACGAGCCUAUUGAGGUCCGCUUUAUCACGCGUGCUCGACGCUCCUUGGCCGGUCAUUUGAAUGCGGUGACCGUAAACACGACUUCAGCUAAUAUUGUACUCGAUAAUUUGCUGUUUUACACAAACUACAGCGUGCAAGUGCAGGCUUAUACCACUGACAAUGGAGUGCCUAGUUCAGUACUUCAUUUUAUGACGCCUGAAGGGGUGCCUGCGGUAGGUCCUGGAAAUCUUUAUGCCAACAACGAUGGUUCCAAAUACAAGUUAUCUGUGAAAUGGGACAGCAUACCAAUAGAUCGUAGAAAUGGUAUUCUACUGGGGUACCAUGUCUACUAUCAAACAUCAUCAUCCUCUGCUAACACUAAGAAUAAAACAACCGUUGCGACCGAUGUCAUAUUGACAGGACUAGAGAUCUAUACAUCAUACGAUAUUCGUGUUUGUGGUUAUACUGUGGUUGGUGAUGGUGUUUGCUCUAAAGUGACAGCAAGAACACGCUCUCGUAACCUGGCACCUUACACACCCCCCUGGAAUGCUACCACUAUUACUUCCGCCGAUUCAAUAUCGUUGCUCUGGAAGCCAUUCCCAGACGCCCUUUGGUUCGAUCACCCACGUGGCUACCACAUUACGUUCCAAAGAGUAGAAUUCGGCGGGAUAAGAACUUCCGGUGAUGACGUCAUGAUUGUGCGAGUCGAUGAAAAAACCGAACGCUACACGUGGACAAAUCUUGUAUACUACACGAAGUAUAAGAUUGAGAUUUCGCCAAUAACUUACCUCGGUUAUGGGCCUAAGGUUACUCUCUAUGGAGAAACAUGCCAGUGCCCAUCGUUAGCAACAACCACAUUUCAAAUGCUUCCACCUUACGUAAUGCGGACAGCAGACGGUAAACUCAGCGGUAUCGUUCCUGAACUCGUAAGACGUAUGACGUCAUCGUGCUGUGUCACGUGUGGGGGAACAGUGUUGAACUUCAAUGAAGAUGGCUUUGGUGAGGUAUCGGAGAAAGAGAACUACCCGGAACUUUUGAAGAGUUUUCACCAAACUACCACCUUUGCAUUCCCAAUCAUGGGUCACGUGGACAGGACAAGCUAUGGUUCUCGUUUUGGUUUUGUCUCCGGGAUUGAAACUCCUGGAAUGCUAGUGGUGGUUAAGAGACAGUUAGCGGAGAAUUUAGCAUUGGGUGUGUUGCGUUCUGUGUUUGGAAUAUGGCCGAUACUGCUGAUCAAUGUAUUGUUGGCUCUUGCGGCUGGUAUUAUUAUGUGGAUGUUGGACUCUAGUUCAAACGAGGAUAUUUUCCCAAGAACUUGUAUCAGAGGUUCUUUGACGGGCUUCUGGUGGGCAUUCGUCUCCAUGACUACUGUCGGCUAUGGCGACACAACAGCAAAGUCUGUUGCUAGCAGGAUCUUUGCCGUUAUCUGGAUAUUAACUGGUUUAUGUUUAUAUUCUAUUCUGAUUGGCGAUUUGUCCUCUGCCCUAUCGUCGACCGUGUCUGUCUCUGAAACGAUGCUUUACGGGGCCAAGGUCGCUGCAUUAAUUAAUUCCACAGAAGAAAUGGUCGCCAUUAGACGAAAUGCAAAGGUAGUCGGUGGUCCCUAUUUCUCACUUGUCGAGAUUCAGAAAGCUUUGAUUGAGGGUAAAGUUGACGCAGCUAUCAUCGACAUUUAUGCUGCUGGACUAACAAAAGAACUUUGGAACCACACUGAGCUGCGCAUGUCUCGAGUACUGGACUAUUCUUCCUCCUACGGUAUUGUAACAGCUGGUGGUAUGGAAGGCAUACAGCGAUGUUUUAGAAGCUACGUUCGCAAUAAUCGUAUCAAAACAAUGGAACUCGUUCUUCAAUACACAACAACUUUAAAGGGAGUAAAGACAGAAGAGACGACGGAAUACGUUCAGGAUUUGAUUGACGGGCAAUCAGCGACCUUCAGAAAAACAUUGUUUGUUCUAUGCGUGGGUUUUGGAGUCGUAUUUAUGCUAGGAAUGAUAUGGAACUUCACUUGUAGGAAACGUCGUUCAACUCGUGUGAAAAAAGACAACUCCGUUCACCCUGAGACAAUCCCAGCUGACGAAAUAUUCAAAGAUAUAAAAACUUCGUAUCAGAAAUUGCGUGAUCGUCUCCAGGCAACGAAAAAACGACAUCGACAGCAAAUUCUGAAUUUAGCGAAAACUUCAACAAACGUUUCCUAACUUGGGACGUCUUUGAACACAAUAAACUUCGAUAUCUAUAGAUAUUUUAUUCUUAGCCUUGGAGGACUUAAACGAAAUUAGUUAUUGCACAUUCAAGUAAGAAUUAAACUAAUAAUUAUUGACAAACAAACGUCUAUUUCGCACUAUUAAAUAGAAUGAUCACUAAAAUAUUUUCUGAUUAUCUUAUUGGCCGUUAUAUUGACAACGUUAGCCUAAUUUUUAAAUAUAAAUAUUGCUAACAAAUACUCCUAAUAUUAUUAACCUGUUUGGAAAUAAAUUAUUCUACAGUUGUCU